CUCCCACAAAAUGUUUGAUGAAUUGCCCCACCAAAAUCCACAAUAAGUCUAUUCUUUUCCCCUUUUAUUUCACUUAUUAGUUAUACAAGUUUUGAUUGAGGAGUGUGUGAAGCCAGCCAUGGGAGAAGUUGUUAUAGUGAACUGCAAUAGCGGUGUAAUUGCAGAUUCGUUUUCUCGAGAUCUUUCGUUUAACGGCUCAACAAAAAGCUUUGAUUCUUUUCGAAUCCAUAGUAUUAACACAGACAGUCCCACGGGAGAUCAGGUGAUCGGUUUUCCGUCGUCUUCUUUGCAUUGGCCCGGCGGAGAGCUGAAUCCGCAGGACUCUUGGCUUCCCAUAACAGAGUCGAGGAAUGGCAGUGUUUUCUCUGCUGUUUUUCAUUUGUUGUGCUCUGGAAUUGGGUACCAGGCCCUGAUAUUGCCCGUCGCAUUCGCAACACUUGGAUGGGCAUGGGGAAUCAUAUGCUUGUCGCUGGCUUUUCUGUGGCAGCUCUACACCAUAUGGCUUCUCGUCAAUCUUCACGAAUCUGCUGAUUCUGGGGUUCGUUAUAGUAGAUAUGUCCACCUCAGUGUUACUGCCUUCGGUGAAAAGCUAGGGAAGUUACUAGCCAUAUUCCCGGUGAUGUAUCUCUCAGGAGGAACAUGUGCAAUGCUAAUAAUCAAUGGAGGCGGAGCAAUGCAACUUUUCUACCGAAACUUGUGCGGUGAUGGGGCGGAUGCCAUAUGCGACGGCAAGGCAGUGAGCGGGGCGCAGUGGUUCUUGGUGUUCACUUGCAUUGCCAUUCUGGUGGCUCAGCUUCCCAAUUUGAAUUCCAUUACUAGGGUCUCACUCAUUGGAGCCAUCACAGCCCUUAGCUAUACUUCGAUCCUUUGGGCCCUUCCCAUAAGCAAAGAUAGGCCCAACAAUAUAUCUUACCAACCCCUCCAAACAAAGGAGUCUGGCAUGGACAAAUUUGGUUCUAUUUUCAAUGCCGUUGGAAUCAUUCUUCUUUCUUUUAAAGGCCAUAACGUCAUCCUUGAGAUUCAAGCAACAUUGCCUUCAAGUCCAAAACACUCAUCGCAUAAGACAAUGUGGGCAGGGGUCAUUGUAUCAUACCUACAAAUAGCCAUGUGUUUGUUUCCCCUUGCCAUAGCCGGAUUUUGGGCUUAUGGAAACAAGAUCCCGGCGGACGGAGGAAUGCUGAGGGCACUAUCGGAAUUUCACAGACAAGACAUCUCCAAAUUUGUGAUGGGCCUAAUCUACCUCCUAAUAAUAAUAAACGGCAUAAGUACAUUCCAAAUAUAUGCCAUGAUAGUUUUCGACAAUUUGGAGUUGAGAUACACAAGCAUUAGAAAGAAGAGAUGCGCAAGGUGGGUUCGCACAGCAAUCCGUCUCUUGUUUGGAGGUCUGGUUUACCUUAUAUCAGUGGCUUUUCCAUUCUUGGGAAGCUUGGCGCCACUAAUUGGAGGCCUCACAAUGCCCUUGACAUAUGCCUAUCCAUGUUUCAUGUGGAUAUCAAUCAAGAAACCUCGCCAAAAUGGUGCAAUGUGGUUUGUCAAUAUUGGGCUUGGUUGCUUGGGCCUUAUUUUGUGCGUCUUGCUAGUUGUUUCAGCAAUAUGGAACUUGGCGGACAAAGGCCUAAAUGCCAAUUUUUUCAAUCCUUAAGACACAUUUACUUCCAAAAUUAACAGAUAUGACUUUAAUUUAUACGGCAAGAUUAUGUGUAUUGUUACAACGAUCUAUAAGAUAGACCAAAGUUUACUCUGAUAUAUAUUUUGGAUGAUAAAGAAACGGAUUUACUUGGGGCGAAAAC